AUGUUUAGUUACAGUACUUAUUUUUACAAGGUGGAAAGAGGAAGUCACCAAGCGGACAAGGACAAAAUUAGCAUACGGGGGAAGUGGGAGGAAGAGGAGGAGGAAGCCUUUGAAGGUCAAUUGAUUGAGAGCGCGAUUAACGGAAUUAAUUUUACUGACAAUCUCUACAGUUUAAUACUUAUCAACAUCAAUAUAGCAGCAAAGUGUGCUGCUUUUAUCUCUGAGUCACUGCCCCAUUCUCCAAAUUCGCGUGAGCUCGACCUGUCCUUCAACCCUUUACACAGUAAUGGUGUGAGUCAUUUGGCUGAGAAUCUUCAUCACGUGCCACAGUUGACGGAAUUAGUGUUGUGGGAUGUACAAAUGGGAGAAAAGGAAUGUACGGUAAUUGCUGCCUCAUUAAAGUACUUAAACAAGUUAGAAGAACUGAAUAUACACGACAAUGCCCUGGGUCACGGGAUUAUUGAACUGGCCAAGAGCCUGAACAAUGUACCCAAUCUGACCAACCUGGGCCUGAAGAAUACAAAUAUGGGUGAAGAUGAAGCAUCAGCACUGGCCCUUGCACUAAAAAACGAGCCAGAUGAUGAGGAUGAGGAUGAUGAGGAUAAUGAUGACGUUGACGGUGAUGAGCAGAAGGAGGAGGAUAACGAUGAUGAGGAUGAUGACUGUGACAAGAACUAUGAUGACGAUGAUGAUGAUGAUGAUGAUGAACAGGAGUAG